AUGCGUGAAAUAAUUCAAAUUCAAGUAGGUCAGUGCGGUAAUCAAAUUGGAACUAAGUUUUGGGAAGUCAUUUCUGAUGAACAUGGAAUCGAACCCGAUGGAUCGUAUAAAGGAGAUACAGAUUUACAACUCGAAAGGAUUGAAGUUUAUUAUAACGAAGCACAAGGUAGUAAAUAUGUGCCACGUGCUGUCCUAGUUGAUUUAGAACCAGGCACCAUGGAGUCUGUUCGAUAUUCCACUUAUGGUAAAAUUUUUCGCCCUGAUAACUUCGUUUAUGGGCAAAGUGGAGCAGGAAAUAAUUGGGCCAAAGGCCAUUAUACAGAAGGAGCAGAGCUCGUUGAUGAAGUGCUCGAUGUGAUACGAAAAGAAGCUGAAGGAUCUGAUUGUCUUCAAGGUUUCCAAUUAACCCAUUCGCUUGGUGGCGGUACUGGUUCUGGAAUGGGUACUUUACUUAUCGCUAAAAUUCGUGAAGAAUAUCCUGACCGGAUUAUGGCUUCAUUUUCUAUCGUACCAUCUCCUAAGGUAUCUGAUGUAAUUAUUGAGCCGUAUAAUGCGACACUUUCUGUUCAUCAACUCGUUGAAAACACAGAUGAAACAUUUUGCAUCGAUAAUGAAGCUCUGUACGAUAUUUGCCUUCGUACUUUAAAAUUAACUGGACCAACCUAUGGCGAUCUCAAUCAUUUAGUAUCAAUGACGAUGUCUGGUGUGACAACUUGUCUUCGCUUUCCUGGCCAGUUAAAUGCUGAUUUACGCAAAUUAGCAGUUAAUAUGGUGCCAUUUCCUAGACUCCAUUUUUUCAUGCCAGGAUUCGCUCCAUUAACAGCUCGAGGAGCUGCAGCUUAUAGAUCAGUAAAUAUAAAUGAGUUGAUCCAACAGUUAUUUCACUCAAAAAAUAUGAUGGCGGCUUGCGAUCCACGCCAUGGACGAUAUCUCACCGUUGCAGUAAUGUUUCGUGGACGACUUUCAACACAUGAACUCGAGACGCAAAUUUUAAAUGUACAAAACAAAAAUUCGUCUUAUUUUGUGGAAUGGAUACCGAAUAACGUGAAAACAGCAGUUUGCGAUAUACCACCUCGCGGUACAAAGAUGAGUGCCACAUUUUUAGGAAACACAACAGCGAUUCAAGAAAUAUUCAUCAGAAUUGCCGAACAGUUUGAAGCAAUGUUUCGACGGCGAGCAUUUUUACAUUGGUAUACGGGAGAAGGAAUGGAUGAAAUGGAAUUUACUGAAGCUGAGAGCAACAUGAACGAUUUAAUAUCCGAAUAUCAGCAAUAUCAGGAGGCAACAGUUGACGAUGAAUCCGAUGAUAAUGCAAACGUUGUCUACGAACAGCAAAAUGUGCAAGCACAACAAGAAUAA